UCACUUGUCAUUUUAUUAGAAUGAUAUAAUUGUCAGUGAAUUUGAAAACAGUUUUUAUUCAACACAAUAUUAUGCACCUUUUUUGGCUUUUAUCCAACAAACCUUUAAAAAUAGCAAAACAUAGUUUGCCACAACUGUUCUUUGAAACUCCAGGUCUACUACACUGCCCUGACAUGUCAUAAGAGCAGGUGUUCAUUUACACAACUCAAUGGCAUCCAUUGUGAAAAUGAAUAUAGCAUUGAAUAAGCCAGAUCAGGGGAAAACAUGGAUUGACCAAAUCUGUAUCUGCAGACUGUAGUUUGGUUCCCAGAAUGGCUCUAAGGCUCAUAAAGCUCUGUCUGGUCGUUUGUUCUCUCUGGGCUUUGGGACUUAAGAAUAAAAAGGGUCUUUUGAGAGCAUUCGAUUGAAUAGACACAUGAAAACAACAAAGGUACAAAGGUUAUAGUGUUCUGUGAAAUUGGCCAAAAUUCUAUUGAAAACUCAUGCACCUGUAAAUUUGUAACAUUACACUCUCUUUUAACUAUUGAUUACUAACUAAUGAUGUCUAUCUAUUUACCUGUUAAUCUAUCUAUCUGUUAAUCAAUCAAUCUAUCAAUCAGUCUAUCUGUCUGUCUGGCUCUUUGUUAAUCUAUCUAUCUGAUGUGUUGGAGAGGGUAACACAGAAUGGGAUCUUUAUGUGGCCCCACCUUGAACUGUUGGGUUCAGGUGUGUCCCUGUAGGCUACUGUGUCAGUGUGAGGCGUGACGCUUCAAUAUGAGUAAUCCCUUGCUCAUUCUAUUCAAUACAUGCUCACAGCAAGGAGACACAAAUGUGACAACUUAUUGCGCUCUUAUUGAAAACAAUGUGGAAAAACAUAUGGAAUAAGGUGUUCAUGGUCCUGAUGGUGUGGAAUCUGUUUGUGCCCACUGACACAAAGUACUCCAGUAGAGAAGGAAAGUCUCGGAGACGAAAACUGGAAUCACAUCCUCGCCGGAACGCCUCAUCUGUCAGAAUUUCCCCGGAUCCAAUGAUGACAGGUCCAGAAUCAGGUGUGAUGCCCGGUGCUGUUGAAACAGACUUUGAUAAGAGUAUCGAGGACAUGGUGUCCCAGGUCAGAAACAAUCCCAACUUAUCCAUAAGCAAAUGUGUGGUGGAUCGCAAACUGUGGAUGUCCAACAGCCGCAGCCUCUCUCCCUGGUCCUACAGAAUCAAUCACGAUGAGACCCGUAAGCCCGUGGACAUCCCUGAGGCCGUGUGUUCAUGCGUGGGGUGCAUCAAUCCUUUUACCAUGCAGGAGGAUCGCUCCAUGACCAGCGUUCUUAUCUACACCAAGAUCCCCGUGCGCAGACUCCUCUGCCACCGGCCAACGAGGAAGCCGACGAAGAAGAAGAAAUGCGUUCCCCGUUACAGAUCGGUGGUGGAGAGCAUCGCCGUGGGGUGCACGUGCAUCGUGGGGUAGAUGAGGGGGACCAUCACACAUUUCAACCUGUUUUAUAGCUACUGCAAAUGAAACCGGAUCCUAAUUGUGCAUAAAAUGAUUUUCUGUGUAAGAUAUAGUGAAGAAUACAUUGAGCAAGCUCAAUAAAACGCAACAGUAGUUAUGUUGGCGCCUUUUCUAUUUUGAAAAGGUUAUUUUUAUUUAAGAUUUUGAACAUUUAAUGUCGUUAAGUAUUACCUUGCAUUGUGACAUCUCAAUCUAAAUUAAGAAUUAUAAUUGUAGCUAUUUGGGGCAUCAUAAUGCAUUUUAAAUACACACACAAAAAAGUUGACAGUUUGGACAGUUCAUUUAGCCGAUUGAUAUAUGUUAUGGAACUGUAUAGUGUGUCUUUAUGAAAUAAAGAGAAUUUAAUGCUGAUAUUUCUACAAAUAGACAAUUUUCAAAUCAAUUGUUCAAUUGGCUACAAAUUCAUGGUAUCAUUAUUGUUGUUUGUGUAAGAUCGCCCCCUACUGUCCAAAAUAUAAGAUAAAGAGAUGGAAAGAGGAGACACUUUUAUGAUGUCAUUAUGAUGUUUUUGUUUGUUUUGCUUUUCUCUCGUUUUAAUAAGGAGAGUUGUGAUAACCUGAGAACACAGCUUUAAAGUAUUUUAUAAAAAAAUGCCUAUACUCUUUUUUUUCCUCAAAUAUGUAUUUUUCACUUUUUUAAAUGUUCAUAUAUCUUAUUAGCCUACAGCAAUGACAGCUGCCAAAAUCAUUGUCUUUAAUGUAAAUAAAAUAUAAAAAGCAUUAAUAAGUUUACAAAAAUAUAUUUACUACUUUUUUUUUUGUUGGCAUGUUAAAGGGGUCAUGACAUAUUGUUU